CGCAGUGCGAUGGGCCCGAUAUCAUUUAGGUCUUUUUUUAACAUUAAAGUUGCAGACACUUAGGAGUUGAGCUGCAAACGCCUGAAAUUACAAAUGAAAUAUAUAUUUGUUAAUCCUAACACAUACAGUUGUUAUAUAAGAUCAAUGAUAUAUACUAAUAUAGCCACGUGGUACAAUUUACAAGUAGCGAUUUCAUGUUUACUUUUGAUUAACAUUUUUAUUCAUCUGAUCGACUCUGAUCUGCAAUUUACUAUUGCUGUAUAAUUCUUUUCACAGCGGUUUCUACAUGAAAACAUCACGGUCCUCCGUUUACCCUGUUGUUGUUUGUAGCCAGGAAUCAGAUAUCUUUGACGACUCAGACAGCGAAUCGGGUAAAAAUUCGACGGAAAAACGAGUAUAUUUAUCGACGUUACAUCAACAAAGCAAGCUAAGGACUCUUAAACCAACGGAUCAUGCAUUUGACCAACCGGACAGAAGAAGAACGAAGGCACGGCGGAAAUUAGGUGUCCUGACAUCUAACCUUGAUGCGCCACCAAAAGGAACUUUGCCAAUGCGGAGAGAAUACCACAAAUGUGACGAAUCUAAAGUGUUACCCAACAAAAGGUCACAAAUGUCAGACAUUAACAUGUAACGUUUUAACAUAACGGUGCUGAUUUUUAAGUAAAAGCUGUAUUCUACAGCCGUGUAUAGUUACAAGAACAAACAAAACGUGAGCGCAUGUUAUAGACGUUUUCAUCAUUAUUACAUGCAUUAACACAUACAGGCAGAUAAAAAAGAUCAAUAGAUAUUAAGCUUUGUAUGACGGUAGGAUUGAUAACAGAAACAUUUAAAGCGAAAGAACUGUGGGCGAUGUCAUAUUAGAGCUUUUUGUCCUUGACCUUGAUUUUAUACCUACACUGUAUAUAGGGUUAUUUCAAUGGAAUGAAAUACGUUUGAUAAAAACUUUCUUCUUUUAUUAUGUUUUUCAUUUUACUUUG